AUGGCCAGCAACAUGAAGCCAAUGCACAAAAACAAACAUUUCCCGAUAGACCAGCUCGUAUGUGUUGGAAAUUACGAGCUGGAGAAAACGAUUGGCACGGGAAACUUUGCUGUUGUAAAACUUGCUACACACGUUAUAACUAAGAGUAAGGUUGCAAUAAAAAUUAUCGACAAAUCACGUUUGGAUGAAGACAAUUUAAAGAAAACCUUUAGAGAAAUAACCAUAAUGAAGAAACUUCGACAUCCCCACAUUGUUAGAUUGUAUCAGGUUAUGGAGAGUAGUCACACAAUAUAUCUAGUUACAGAAUAUGCGCCUAAUGGAGAAAUAUUUGAUCACCUCGUAACACGCGGUCGGAUGACAGAAGUCGAAGCGGCGCGGGCGUUUGCACAAAUGGUGGCAGCGGUGGGCUACUGCCACUCUAAUGGGGUGGUACACCGGGAUCUGAAGGCUGAAAACUUGCUGCUGGACAAGAAUAUGAAUAUUAAACUAGCAGACUUCGGCUUCAGUAAUGAGUAUACAGCGGGCUCACCGCUAGCUACCUGGUGUGGGAGCCCACCAUACGCAGCACCAGAACUCUUCGAAGGAAGACAGUACGAUGGACCGAAAGCAGAUAUUUGGUCGUUAGGAGUUGUACUUUAUGUACUGGUGUGUGGUGCGCUGCCGUUUGACGGCAGUACCCUACACGAGCUGAGGAGCGUGGUGCUCAGUGGGAAGUUUAGGAUACCGUAUUUUAUGUCGCAAGAGUGCGAGCACCUGAUCCGCCACAUGUUGGUGGUGGAGCCGGAGAAGCGGCUGUCCCUGCGCGGGGUGGCGCGACAUCGCUGGCUCGGCGCCCACCAGCCUGGCCCUGGUCCCGGGCCCUGCGAGCUGUCGACGGGCGCGUGCGCGUGCCACAGCGCGCGCGAGCUGGACGCGGAGGGCGCGCGCGACACCGUCAUCGCGCACAUGCUCACACUCCCCGGACUCACCCACCACCACAUCGAACAGGCCAUCCAAGAGGACCGUUUUGACCACAUAUCGGCAAUAUAUCACCUGCUGAUGGAGAAGUUACAGCAGAGGUCCAACGCCAGGAAUAGUCUCCAACAUAGAGACUCCCUGGAUUCCACAACGGGUCAGCCACUUGAUCUCACAAACUGUAAGAACGUAGAAGAAGAACAAAUGGACGCAGAAGACACAUCCACGUCACAGGACUGCCUCGUGAUAGUCCCGUGCGAGCCCGUCGACUAUUUAACAGACCAACCUGAAAAUCUUGAGAAGUUCGGUUCCAUAUCGGUGCCACAGAUCGAGGAGCCACCCCCACAGCCCAUCCAGACCACCUCGCAGGAGACCCACGCCGCCAGGAGACACACCGUGGGGCCAGGAGACUGCAGGCAUACACAGGCCAGCGAGUUGGGAGUGUGUGGAGCGGCGGUGUCCGCUGACCUCCGCCCCUCUCCACUGUAUGUGUCAGCACACUUUAAUCAACAAACCUCUCCUAACGUGUCCAUGCUACCGAACACGAACCUGGCGGCUAAGCUGCCCGCGGUCCAGCACCAGCCUCCGAGAUACUUCAGCGUCAAGGAUCAGCAUCUCCUAAAGCCACCGCACGCUAUGCAGAGCCAAGCGUCAACGUUUGGUCGGCGAGCGUCGGACGGAGGAGCCCACGUACCUCGCGGUCGGGAGCGGGACUGUUGUCAUUCUGCGCCUACGCAUCAUGUGUCAGAUAGCGGGACUCCUGCGAGGGCCGAGAACGCCGACCAGAGCGAGGAACAGACCACCGAUUCUGCAUACAACAAUAACUUGUGCAGGUACAUGCUGACCCGUGGGAGCAGCAAGCGUCACACUAUGGCCACGCCUGAGGAUGCCGCCAACGUCUCCUCUGUCUGCAACUCUGGGACCAUGCCCAGUACAUCACCAUCUUCUACCAGCAGCAUCAGAGUGAGACGAACAGGUCUUCUCACGGUGACGGAAAGACCGCCAGUUAUUAGUCCAGAGUUAGUAAUGGAGGUUGAAAAACGAAUGAAGAGGAACUAUCUGCCACCUUCGAUGCAAUACCAAAGUCCCCCAACCCCAACUGGAUCAAUACCCAACCAGAUACCACAGUCUCCGACCCAAGGGUCCAUUACUGCUGGUACUCCAAACUAUUCAGCCCAGAAUCAAACCACACAAAAGUCCAUGAAACCUGUUCUAGAAACUAUACCCCAAGGUAGUAUCAUGGGAACUAAAGGUUCCAUUAUGUCUGGUACCCCUAUGACAACACAAGCUGCUAGUCCAUAUACCCCUACGGCCAUGGGCCAAUUUUCCCCAAGUCACGGCACCGUGGUAACCCAAAAUAUAAUAUCCGGGUCAAUCACUAGCGGUACCCCAAUCAACCAAAACCAAGGUUCUAUUGUAUCCGGUACUCCCAUGACACCAACUGGCUACGAAUCCAAAAAUUUUGCCAAUAAUUACAACAGUUUUGGCUCGAACCUCGGCUUCCUGCCAAGCGGUACACCAAUGAGUCAAGGUUCUUAUCAAAAUACCCACAUGAACCAGGGUAAUUUCCAAAAUACAGCUAUGAAUCAGGGUAAUGUCUCGCAAACCCCUAUAACUCAGGUUAACUUUUCAAACAUUCACAUGAACCAAGGUAGUUUUUCUAUUUCUAAUCCUUCAAUGGACCAAGGCAUUUCUAACCAGGCGAAUUUUUCAAAUACUCAUAUAAACCAAUCUUCUUUCUCCAAUAACCCAAUAAAUCAAGGUAGUAUAUCAAACCCCUCUCUGAACCAGGCUCCAUUCUCUAAUACCUCAAUGAAACAGGGUAAUUUUUCAAAUAACCAAAUGGAUCAAAGCAAUUUCUCUACCCAAAUGAAUCAGGGUAAUUACCCAAAUAGCCAAAUGAGUCAGGGUAAUUACACAAAUACCCAAAUAAACCAGGGUAAUUACUCAAAUACCAUUAUGAACCAAAAUAGCUUUACAAACCAAAGCGGUCCCGUGCUCGGUGGUUCCAUAACAGCUGGUACUCCAGUACAGGGUCCAGCGUCUUUAGGUUCUACAUACAACAACACACAAUACAGCAAUAGGCAGAGGAAAUAUUCCGGCCCGCAGCGAGUUAAAUUACAAAUGUUGGCCACGGUGCAAGAAAUGGCGCGGGAGCAUGCUGAGAGAUACUCCCCGGUUCGGCGAGCUGAAUGCUCUCCACCAAGAGUCACGCACGACAUAGCAUCGGCUAGAUUAGAAUAUGAACAGUUACAACGCGACCUCGAAAGACGCUGCGGCGGGCCGGGCGCGUCCCCGCCCCACGCCGACCUCCGGCACACGCCCGCCACCUCCAUGCCCGGGUCUCCCAUACAUUCGUGUGUUGGUCCACCUGCUCCGCUGGAUCUGAAUACGAUAUCGGCAGAAGCAGCUCUGGCGGUUCUGGCCGCUGUUAGAAAUUUGACUCAAGAUCCAGCAGCCAACGAGGUCCAUAGAACUUUGUUGUUAACCCAGGACCUCGCCUUAAAAAUCGGUAUCAACCUCCACGCAAUGUACUCUCCACACGUGAACAUAUCCCAAGAAAUACUUAAAUCCAUCCAUGGCUACAACUUCUUACUAUCUGGUCAUACUUCCCCCGCAAGCCCAGGAUCUCCUCUCCACCAGAUUACGGAAGGCCUCAGCUAUCUCCACACGGGCUCUAUAACAAGAGGGACCCCUCAGGCAUCAGCCACCCCCUUAGACUUAAGGUCGAAUAUCGACAUGGACACAGGCCAGUAUCAGCAGUUACACCCUCCAGUUCAUUCCCAACUCCACAUGGUGGCCCACAGAUCUUUAAAUAACUCUCCAAUAUCAAACCCAGGUUCUCCCCUAGACAUGAUACAGGAAGAAAUAGGAAAUGGGAAUCAUAAUAUUGAUAAAUCAUUUCCAGAAAUGAGGUUUGCUCCUAGUUUCGCUCCCACCCAUCCUCAGAUCAGUCUAACAGAUUGUCUGGGGUCAGAGAUUACCCUAGUAGCAUCCUCGAGCGAAGAUAGCAUGGACAGUCUAGAGAACACAAAAUAUUCAUUACCUCAGUUUGUCAUCUCUGAACCAUCAGACCUCGAUGACAGACCUUCGAUUACCAAAGGUAUAGGCAGAAAGGUCAGCCAGGAGACUGAACCGCCUGAACCUAAAGAACCAGAGCCGAAUAUCGAUAAGGAUGCUGAUAUGCAAUCUCCAAAGGAAUCUAUAGAUGAAACCGCUAAGUUCUUGAGUGAGGAGUUGAAGUAUCCUAGAAGAGGAAGUGACAAAAGCCUAGGAUUCAGCGAUGAUUCCUUGAGUAAUGACUCAGCGAAUGUAUCACCGAACUGCGAGCAAAACAUUCAGUCAAUAUACUCCAACAUUGUCUCCAUUAGCUCGGGGUUCAGCGAGAACAGAGGAAGCUUCUCUGAACACAGAGAAUCCUUCUCCUUCUCUGAUAGAGGGAGUUUCUCCGAGCGGGGAGACUUCGGCAGAUCGUCUUUCUCAGAGAAAAGUGACUUCGGUAGAGGAUCCUUCUCUGAGAAAGGAGAAACUCCUAGAUCUUCAUUCUCAGCCCAAGGAGUUUUAGGAGAAGUCAAAGAGUAUUAUGAAGACGUGUACAUGUCGAAGGAUAACAGCAGGCAUUGUUUACAGAAAUGUGAUGAGGAAGGUACUCCGGCGAGUGCAGAUAUAGAAAAACUGCAGAGGUCUACCAUGGACUUGAGGCUGACAGAAAUAUGUAGACCAGAAGAGCAGAAGAUACCAAUACUUUUAAGUCCUCAGAAGGUGUCUUGCGUUCAAGAAUAUUACGAGGUGACGUUAUCUACCGUUUGCUCGAAAUUAGAUUCUCAAAGAAUAGUGGAAUUGCUAAAAGAAGCCAUAAAUACUAGGGUUCCUCCCCAAAAUAUCUUCGUGGAGACUGACCAGAAGGAUGGAGGGGAUGGAACGCUAACAGGGUACCUGAAUUUGGAGUAUUCCGGUGGAAUUCAGAUUGAGAUGGUUCUGUGUGAGAAUAAAGCGAUGGAGAAGAAAGGUUUGAAGAUGAGAAGAAUAUCUGGGGACCAGAGGGAGUAUGGGAAAUUGUGUGAACAGUUAAUUACUAGUUUAACAGUUUGA